UUAGACAAAGCAAUUGAGGUCAGCAAUGUGAUGGAGCCGGUGAUGCCUAAAGAUCCUGAAGUCCAUAGUGCCCCUGCUGCCGUGGAGAUGAGUGAGGCAGCAGCAGCUAAUGAAGAGGAUCCAGCUCAUCCAGAGACCAUGGCGUUCUGCCCCACUGGCUGGCUCCCUCAUGGCCAUCGCUGCUUCAAGCUGGUCUCCAGUGAUCGCUGGGGAUCUGUAGAGGAAAACUGUGCAGCUCUUGAUGGUGACCUGGCCGGUGCGGAGACGAUGGAUGACUAUAAUGACCUCCAUACUCUGGCCCAGUUCUUUGGCCACACAUACUACUGGAUUGGAGGCUUCUACUUCCAGGGUGUCUGGAGGUGGAUCGAUGGCUCCCGUUUCAUUUACAAUAACUGGCACUCACAAAACAGUGCAUCCUCGUACCCAUGCAUUGCCCUCAGAGGUGCUGGUGGCUGGGUCAACACCAACUGCGGCUACUCGUAUCCUGCCAUCUGUGUCAAGAGAGCCUGCUGAAGACACACAUUACUCCUGACUGAUGUUUCGUUCAUGAAUUCAGUUUCUAUUCAGUGUAUUACCUACAUAGCUAAAAUACAUACUGUGCGCAACUUAGUGUGCAACAAAUCAUUAUGGGCCUAGUGACAUUCCUUGGAUAUUAUUCAGUAAUUAAAUAUUAGUUAGCCUGUAUUAUGGAUUACUAUUUUAUUAUGUGUCUGGAAU